AAAGCUGCGUUUCCCGGGAGAUCCUAAGCGGUGACAGACCCGGGCCAUGGCUAGAGGCAGGAAGAUGUCCAAGCCCCGCGCGGUGGAGGCGGCGGCGGCGGCGGCGGCGGUGGCAGCGACGGCCCCGGGCCCGGAGAUGGUGGAGCGGAGGGGCCCGGGGAGGCCCCGCACCAACGGGGAGAACGUGUUUACCGGGCAAUCAAAGAUCUAUACCUACAUGAGCCCGAACAAAUGCUCUGGAAUACGUUCCCCCCUUCAGGAAGAGAACUCAGUUGCACAUCACGAAGUCAAAUGCCAGGGGAAGCCAUUAGCCGGAAUCUACAGGAAACGGGAAGAGAAAAGAAACACUGGGAAUGCAAUACGAAGCACCAUGAAGUCCGAGGAACUGAAGAUCAAAGACGCCAGGAGAGGUCCCCUGGCACCUUUUCCAAACCAAAAAUCCGAAGCCUCAGAACCUCCAAAAACUCCGACCUCGUCUUGUGAUUCUCCCAAUGCAGCCGUCGCCAAGCCAGCCCUGAAAAAGCCCGCCAAGGGCAAACAGGCCCCUCGGAAAAAAGCUCAAGGAAAAACGCAACAGAAUCGCAAACUCACAGAUUUCUACCCUGUGAGGAGGAGCUCCAGGAAGAGCAAAGCUGAGCUGCAGUCUGAAGAAAGGAAAAGAAUAGACGAAUUGAUUGAAAGUGGGAAGGAAGAAGGCAUGAAGAUUGACCUCAUCGAUGGCAAAGGCAGGGGCGUGAUCGCCACCAAGCAGUUCUCCCGGGGCGAGUUUGUGGUGGAAUACCACGGGGACCUCAUCGAGAUCACGGACGCCAAGAAACGGGAGGCUCUGUACGCACAAGACCCCUCCACCGGCUGCUAUAUGUACUAUUUUCAGUACCUGAGCAAAACCUACUGCGUGGAUGCAACGAGAGAGACAAAUCGCCUGGGAAGACUCAUCAAUCACAGUAAAUGUGGGAACUGCCAAACCAAACUGCACGACAUCGACGGCGUGCCUCACCUCAUCCUCAUCGCCUCCCGUGACAUCGAGGCCGGGGAGGAGCUCCUGUAUGACUACGGGGACCGAAGCCGGGCUUCCAUCGAAGCCUACCCCUGGCUGAAGCAUUAACCGCCCGCCCCGCCCCCACCUUCUUCAAUGGACAAAGUGCCCUCAAAGGGAAUUGAUUUUUUUUUUUUUUACACACUUAAUCUUAGCAGAUUCCUUCAGAUGUUUUUAAAAAGUAUAUUAAGAUGCCUUUUCACUGUAGUAUUUAAAUAUCUGUUACAGGUUUCCAACGUGGACUUGAACAGAUGGCCUUAUAUUACCAAAACUUUUAUAUUCUAGUUGUUUUUGUACCUUUUUUGCAUACAAGCCGAACGUUUGUGCUUCCCGUGCAUGAGACUCGGCACAGGUUUAAGAGGAAAGAGUCGAGCCUGAACUAGGACGCUGGGUGACGCUCUGGCCUCCAGCUGAAGAGCCAGGACUCUUCCCCACACACCCCCGAUGUCCUGUCCGAGUGCAGCCGGCAUGGGGAAGACGCCGCCUCCCGCCGGCCUGGACGGGAUGUUCCCAAGCUCUUGUUUUCCUGACGUCUCCACAGGCGCACAUGGAAGUGUAUGAAUAUUUUUUAAAAAGGUUUCGCAGUUAGUUAGUCUUCCCCUCUGCUUUCUCGAAAGCUUACUGACCCGGUGGCCCGUGAGCACGGGCCGGGCCUCGAUUUACUCUUCCACAGGCGGCCGCUUUUCUGGGCACCUGGAAGCAUCAGGGCGGGUAAUCAAAGUAGGUGUGGGCAGGGAAAAGCAAUGCUUAGCUAGCCCUGCCGGAGCAGGGCUUCCCGGAACUGGGGUAAUUCUUUAUAGAAAUGUGAACACUGAAUUUAUUUUAAAAAAAUAAUAAUAAAAAUCAAAAAAACAAAAAAAAGACAAAAAAAAACAAACCACGAAAAAACCACAGAAAACAACUUACAUGUACAUAGGUCUUAAAGUGAGUGAAGUGGCUGCGAUUUUUCCUUUUUUGGUUUGGGUUUUCUUUUUCUUUUUUUUUUUUUUUUU